CCUACACGUUUUCCCUACUCAGAUUCUGAUACACAUCAUACAGCUACAGAACACAGGCACCGUAACUCAACUAUGGAGCCGAAGACCAAGAAAGGCAAAGCAUCAUGGGAUAUUUCUCUUUCCAUGACAGCCAACAACACGUUCAAUCCGAUUCGGAACAUUGUUGACGGGAUGAAGCUGACGCCAAACCCCGACAAGGACAUGAUUGCUCUGUCCAUAGGAGAUCCCACAGUGUUUGGAAAUCUUCCCAACUGCGUGGUGGCCGAAGAUGCCAUCAUUGAAGCUGUUCACAGCAGGAAGUGGAAUGGUUAUGCCCCUUCCAUCGGGUACGAGGUGAGCCGAGAAGCUGUUGCUAAGUAUGUAUCUACACCCAACGCCACAGUUGAGGCAAAGGAUAUUAUUCUGUGUAAUGGGUGUUCUGGCUCUCUGGAGAUGUGCAUCACGUGUCUGGCUAGUCCGGGUCAGAACAUCCUCAUCCCUCGCCCGGGAUUCUCUAUCUACAAAACGCUGGCCGAGUCUGUCGGGAUCGAAACGAAGCCCUACGAUCUUCUGCCGUCGAGGAAAUGGGAGGUUGACCUGGCAACGCUGGAGAAUCUGAUCGACGCCAACACGGUGGCCAUUGUCGUGACGAACCCGUCGAACCCGUGCGGCUCCGUGUACAGCAGGCAGCACCUGACUCACAUCCUGGCCAUCGCCUCCACACACAAGAUCCCCAUCAUCGCUGACGAGAUCUACGAACACUUCGUUUUCCCUGGUCUCCAGUACCACUCCCUAGCUUCCCUAACUGAUGACGUUCCAAUUCUGUCUUGUGGAGGUCUCACUAAGCGAUUCCUGGUUCCUGGCUGGAGGUUGGGGUGGAUUGUCAUCUAUGACAAACAUGGCGUAUUCUCACGGGUGAGGAACGGUCUGGUAAGUUUGUCGCAGCGAAUCCUCGGACCAAACAGCUUGGUUCAGUCAGCACUGCCCAAGAUCCUCGAAAACACACCGCAAGACUUCUUUAAUGACACACUCGAGUAUAUACAGAAAAAUGCUGCCGUGUUUUAUGAGAGUUUAUCCCGAGUUCAGGGUCUGUUUCCUGUGAUGCCACAAGGGGCCAUGUACAUGAUGGUUGGGUAUGAGAAAGAAAGGUUUCCUGACAUCAAAGAUGAUGUUGACUUCACAGAGAAACUGGUGAAGGAACAGAGUGUCUUCUGUCUUCCAUCCAAGUGUUUCCAGUAUGCUAACUUCUUCCGUAUUGUCCUCACAGUUCCAAGUGACAAAGUCGUGGAGGCAUGUGAGCGCAUCAAGGAAUUCUGCUCGUCACAUUAUGUUGCCAUGGAGAUGGCCAAUGGGGUGCACGGUGACAGCUGUCACUGACUUGAAAGAACACUGUAACAGAUAGAAUGGAAACCGGUGUGGCCGUUGGUUUACAACACAGACCUUUAAAUUGCAUUUUUACUUUCACUUUACAGUAUUUGUUGAAGAUUUUUGUUUUGUUUUACUUUGUUUUUUGCCAAUCAUAGUGCUCAGAUAUUUUUACAGUCUUAGUUUUAAUUAUGUUACAGUAUUUAUUUUACCACAUGAAGUGCCUUUAGUGAAAUAUUUCUUCUCUCUUGUUUUUUGUACAGCUACUGUGGUGUUAGGAGAAAGGUUUUGUUGUUUUUAUAACUCUUUUAAAAACAAGAAGUGUGAUGGCUGGUGCAGAUGAGAUAAAAAAAAAGUAUUAUUAUAGUGUUUGACAGAUGGGUCAUUAUGGCUUUGUUUUUUUAAUUAAAGUUUGUUUUGAACAAAGAUGCCAAAAGAAAAUGAAAACAACACAACCCCCCACCCCACAUACUAACUCACACACACACAUGCACACCACACACAUACAACACACACACACACACACACACAUAAAAACACCCAGAACCCCCCUCCUGAUAUCAAGACACUAAAAAAUAACAACAAAAAAAACAUACCUAAAAAUGCCAUAAAGGAAGCAACAAAAAUAUGGUUAGUUUUGUUAAUUUCUUCAUGUGCUUGUCAGUGAUCGGUCAGUUAAUAAUUGUUUUUUAAGUUUCUUUGAUCGUGUUAUUGUUGAAAUACAAUACAGUAUUAUAGUACUUGCAUCUGGUUGGGGAUGUUUUGAGAAGUAUUAAUCAGGGAAUCCUACAUAACAGACAAUCAAAACCAGGAAGAAAACCAGGAAUGUCUUCUUGGUAGCUUUAAUUGCAAUGUUUUGAUCUUUUUUUUUUCUUCUUUUUUUUAAAUAUAGUGAAACCUGUUUAAACUGGGUCACACCAAAGACCUGAUAAUUUAUCCAGUUUAGACAGGUUCCAGUAUAUACAUUGUGUGUAUAUAUGUGCUUAGUGGUGAUGGUGACCAGAUUUUUUUUAUCAGUUUAUGAAAAAUUGAACAAAUAAAAUGUAUAUUUAAUAAUUCUA